AUGGUCCACUACCACAGUGGAUUAGAGGUGUUUUUAUGGUGGUUCGUGUGUACCAUCGAGGAGCUCGAAUCUUUGAGAAGCAAGCACAUCGUUGUCCAGAACACGCAGGUGUCGAGUGGUGGUUUCUUUGAAGUGCAGGGAAUCGAUUCCUCUCAGGUGGAUGUAGAGUUGACUUUUGAAGUGACAGGGCUGGAAAAAGCUGAGGCCUUUGAUCCUUCAUGGACGACUAAUGUCGAAGCACUCUGUGGCCAGAAGAGAGCAAACGUCAGGGGUGGAGCCAGGCCAUUUGGUCUCCAUGUUCUAGCUUUAGCCAACAUGGAAGAGAGAACUUCCGUCUUCUUCAGAAUCUUCAAAGCUCAAACAAAAUACAAGGUCCUCAUGUGUCAUGAUCCGACCAGGUCAACGCUGAGACCAAACAUGUACAAACCAACGUUUGCGGGCUUUGUCGAUGUCGAUAUACUUGAAAGUGCCAAAAUAUCUUUGAGGAGUUUGAUUGACCACUCUGUGGUGGAGAUCUUUGGGGCUGGGGGGACGACAUGCAUUACAUCCAGAGUUUAUCCCAGCACAGCCAUCGGAAGAAAUGCUCAUCUAUUUGUGUUCAACAAUGGAUUAGCCAAUGUAAAAGUAUCAAAGCUCGAAGCAUGGGAGAUGAAGAGGCCCUUCAUGAAUGGAGCAUGA